UGCAGUGCUGCGCGGGCUCCGGAAAGGUGGGGCCAUGGCAAGUGCUAGGGUCCCUGUAGAUGUAACUCUGCGAGAAGCCAUCCAGCGAAAAUUGCGGAGAUUUUCAAAACUGAGAGGCAAACCUGUGGCAGCUGGAGAAUUCUGGGACAUAGUUGCAAUAACAGCAGCUGAUGAAAAGCAGGAACUUGCUUAUAGGCAACAGCUGUCAAAAAAGCUGAAAAGAAAGGAAUUACCCCUUGGAGUUCAAUAUCAUGUUUUUGUUGAUCCUGCUGGAGCCAAAAUUGGAAAUGGAGGAUCAACACUUUGUGCUCUUCGAUGUUUGGAAAAGCUAUAUGGAGACAAAUGGAAUUCUUUUACUAUCCUGUUAAUUCACUCUGGUGGCUACAGUCAACGCCUUCCAAGUGCAAGUGCCCUGGGGAAAAUUUUUACUGCAUUACCACUUGGUAACCCCAUUUACCAGAUGUUGGAAUUAAAACUAGCCAUGUACAUUGACUUUCCCCGACGUAUGAAUCCUGGUAUUCUUGUAACCUGUGCAGAUGAUAUUGAACUUUAUAGUAUUGGAGAAUUUGAGUAUAUUAAGUUUGAUAAACCUGGCUUUACUGCUUUAGCUCAUCCUUCUAGUGUGACGGUAGGUACCACACAUGGAGUAUUCGUCUUAGAUCCUUUUAAUUCUUUAAAACAUAAGGAACUUGAAUACACAUGUUGCCAUUGUUUUCUUCAUAAGCCCAGCAUAGAAAAGAUGCAUCACUUUAAUGCUGUGUUUCGACCUGGAAAUUUUUGUCAACGGGAGUUUGCUAUGGGUGACACUCCCUAUCUCCAAUUAGACUCUGAGUAUGUCUAUACAGAUAGCGUAUUUUAUAUGGAUCAUAAAUCAGCAAAAAAGUUACUUGCUUUUUAUGAAGAAAUAGGCACACUGAACUGUGAAAUAGAUGCCUAUGGUGAUUUUCUGCAGGCCUUAGGACCUGGAGCAACUAUAGAGUACACCAAAAAUACAUCAAAUGUCACUAAAGAAGAAUCAGAAUUGGUAGAUAUGAGGCAGAGAAUAUUUCAUCUUCUUAAAGGAACAUCACUAAAUGUUGUUGUUCUUAAUAACUCCAGAUUUUAUCACAUUGGAACAACUGAAGAAUAUUUAUUUCAUUUUACUUCAGAUAAUAGUUUGAAGUCAGAGCUUGGCUUCCAAUCCAUAGCUUUUAGCAUCCUUCCAGAUACUCCACCAUGCUCAGGUAAAGCAUACUGUAUCAUUCAAAGUAUAUUGGAUUUAAGAUGUUCUGUGGGAGCUGGCUCAGUUAUAGAGUAUUCCAGAUUGGGACCUGAUGUGUUUGUUGGGGAAAACUGUUUUAUUAGCAAUUCUUAUAUCAUAACAAAAGCUGUGCUGCCUGCAUAUUCUUUUGUGUGUUCCUUAAGCUUGAAGAUAAAUGGACACUUAGAGUAUUCAACUAUGGCAUUCGGAGUGCAAGACAACUUGAAAAAUAAUGUUAAAACAUUAUUAGAUAUAAAGUUACUUCAGUUCUUUGGAGUCUCUUUUCUGUCGUGCUUAGAUAUUUGGAAUCUUGAAAUUACAGAGGAACUAUUCUCAGGAAAUAAGGCACAUCUGAGUUUGUGGACUGCUCGCAUUUUCCCAGUUUGUUCUUCUUUGAGUGAAUCAGUUAUAACAUCCCUAAAGAUGUUAAAUGCUGUAAAGAACAAUUUACCAUUCAGCCUGAAUAGCUAUAAGUUGUUUUCAAUUGAAGAAAUGCUUGCCUACAAAGAUGUAGAAGACAUGGUAGCAUAUAGGGAGCAAAUUUUUCUAGACAUAAGUUUAAAAAGCAGUCCGAUUUAGAGAUAUCAUAAAUAUUGUAUAUUUUGCCCUUCUCUGAGGAAGAUUACAAAUACAGACAUUAUCUGUUGACAUUUUUGGGAGGAUUUAGUAAAGCAAAUUAGUGAAAACUGUAUUAAUUGCUGUACUAUUUUAACACAAAAAAUAGACCAUUUUGUUAUUGAAGAAUAUUUCAAGACUGUCUUAAGAAAACAAUUUUUUGGAUGUUUUUCUCUGUUGUAAUUUUUUUUAAAUAAGGAUGGAUAUGUGGAACACUCUUUUGUUUACAUCAUGAAUAGUAGUUUUAAAGGUAAUUUUAAACACUAGUCUCUUUAGAACUUUCCCAUCUUCUUUUGGACUUUGGUUCUAAUAAAGUUUUAAGUGUUAUUGGCAAUUUUCUCCCCAAAUAUAGUCCUAUUUUUAUAAAAUAAUAAAAAUGACACAUUACAGGGUAUUCCAAAUACUGUAGGAAUACUUUUUCAGAAACAAAUCCAUAGCUGACAAUUUCAGAUUAAAUCAAUGCUUAAUAUAUAGAGAUUAUUUUAAUUGAUAAAUAACUAGAUACAAGUUUUCUAAAAUUGAUGAGAAAUUGUCUUAUUGGUCUUAUCAAAAUGAAAUGAAAUAAAUAUUUUAUCCUUUUAUACUUGAACAUGUAUUAGUAUGUCUUAUAUCUUUUCUCUGAAAUUCCAUUCCAUAGGAAAACACAUGUGUGCUUACAUGCACAUAUACAUUCAUAAAAAUCAGUUAUCUGUGGGGAAGGUGGUAGGAAUAAUUGAGGUUCAUUGAUGGUCAUACAGUUUCACCAUGGACAUUACAUUCAUCUUCUCCUAACAAUCCUUUUAAUAGAACUGUUAAGUUACCAGGUGAACUGAUUUUACUUUCCAUUUUUAUUUUCUGUCCACAUAUUAGUGGUAAUGCUUUGAAGCAUUAAUUGGCCAAAAGGUAGACAGCAGGAGCAAGGCAAAAGAACAGAAAGCUGUGAUAGUACACAGAUGAUAAACAGCUUCAAGUAACUAAAAUUGGCUGGAAUCCCAGGCUAUAUAUUCCUAUUUUGAUAUAAGCACAUAAGUGAAAUGUCUAAUCAAAUUCUAAUAAGUAAUUACAUGAUAUGUCAGAGUUUUGUAUUCCAAAUUAAAUUGAAAUAAGAACCAGUUUUUCUCCAUUAAGAAUGAUGUUGGCUGUGGGAUUAGCAUACAUGUAUAAUUACAUGAAUGGUAUGAAUUUACAUCAUGUAUAACCAUAGAAACAAACAGAU